GACGUAUGAGCUUUUAUCAUUGACAGCUUUCUCAAUCCCCACCAGUCCACUUAUAUCUCGGCGUGAUAGACCUCUGUUUACCAGUUCAUAGCCUUGCUUUUCACCACCGUUUCGUUUCUUGUUGAACCUACUUGCCACCGUUUCUGCUGAAAAUUGCUCUCUAAACUAAUUGUAUUACGGAGAUUCCAAUACCAUUACUUCCAGUCUUCAAUCAUUGCUUCCUAUCUUCAAUCACAAUCCAACGGGAACUACGUUACUGCUGCACCUCUGUAAAUUGCCACUUUAUCGGUGCCAGUACCAUUGACUUGCCAUCGACUUUCCAUCAACUUGCCAUUGACUUUCCAUCAACUUGCCACUGAAAUAUUUUUCAUUUAUCAAAAUCAGCCUCCCAACCAUGCUCAAACAUCUCUUUACGCUCUUGUGUCUCUGGAUAUGCCUGUUGUUCUUCCUCCCCCGCCUCAUCACGCUCUGUGUGCCGAAGCUCCGCGUCGCACGGUUCCGACUCUUUGCCAUUGAACGCAUCACGUACAAGGGCCUCAUAUCUGUGGGCCGGAUUAGCUUCUCCUUUGUGACCCGCACCGUCGUUAUUGAAGACCUCCAGGUGCUCAAGAAGCUCAAGGCCAAAGCCAAAGCCAAAGCACCUUCAAAGCCGAAGCCACCAUCCAGCCUCGAAUUCCGGGUCCCAAAACAGCUCGCGCCGUUGUUGCGCCUCCUCAGACUUGCCUUCACGAUCGAGUUCACAGACAUCCGCAUAUACGAGGAGCGGGUGCCAUUCACCGGCGUCCACACCACGGAGGACGUUGCCGGCGAACUCAAGAUCCAGCAGCUUCUCCAUGUGGGCCACCUCUCUCUUGCGAGUAGCAUGAGCGGUACGUCCCUCUCUGCCGUGGUCACGCUAAAGAACGUGCUGGUCAAGGUUGUCCAGCUCACCAACGACGACGACCUCAUCUCCUUCAAGCUCGAGGCAAAGCUCACCCAUUCGCAGGGAGUGAGCAAACUCGCCAGCGUCAAACUCUUUAAGCACGCCCCACACCCGAUUGUGAUCAACUGUGUCACCUCUGUCCGGGCCUUGAUCGAUAUUCUCGCCUUGGACUUGACCCUGUUGGGCUUCACGGACACGCAGGCGUCCCAGUUCAUCGAGUGCAAGAAGGGCUACACGUCCACCAUUCACAACCUCCAAUUUGAGAUGACCAACGCGGCGGCUGUGGAGUGGCAGCUCGAUGUAGAGCAGAUACUAGUGGCAACGGUGCAGCUGGAACAGGUGCACCCGAUGUUGGCAAUUCCGUGGGUCAAGGUCCGCAAGACUGAUAUUAUCUCCGUGGAGGUGGCCGACGUUGACCUCGCGUUCUCGGUGACCGCUGUCUUUUUGGUGUACCUUGUUACCAACAUCUUCCUUCGGCACUAUGCGUCGCUGGAGACGCCGGAACCGAAGGCCCCAAAGACUGGCCCACCCGCCCAGUUUCAGCUCUCCGUUCCAUCCAUCCUCAUCAACGCGCGUAUCCCCAACGAAGAAAAGGUGUUGUUUGAGAUUGACAACCUCAAGGUGUCCCAGUCUGCGUCUGCUCCCCUCACCACUUCGGUCGCCAACAUCCGCCUCUUUGUGUGCGAUUUCAAUGCCACCAUACCCUCCGAUGUAUGGUGCCGGGCGGUCACCAUCAGCGAUUUUGCCUUCUCUGACUUCCAGAUCACCUCGUCGUUCAUCCGGAUCUACAUCCCCAAGGACUUUUUGGUGUACAAGAUUAUUGACAACCUCGUGACAUUGUUCAAGGUGGUACGCCAGAUCAACUACAACUUCAAGCAACUUCGCCGUUCGGCCCUCACCACGCCGCCAACAAUCAUCAACCCGCACAAGGAGGACGCCAAAAUGGUGCCGCGUCGUUUGUCUAUCAAGGCAUCUAAGUUUCUCUUCACUCUCACGGACGACGCAUUUGAGAGUGAGUUGGGCUUGGUGUUCCAGCUCGGGCGUGUCGAACAGAUCAAGCGCUUGUCCAAGAUGGACAUGUUUGAGCGUACUAGCAGGCGUAUCGUGGAGGAGGACUACAAGCAGUGGGUGAGGGAGCAGAAGAUCAAGUUGAGCGCGGACUCCCCCGUCAAAGUAGAGGGCAAGGAGAACUUGUGCCGCUUGUUCAAGGAGUGCGGGACCCAGACCAACUGUUCCAUCUUUAAAAAGCGGGAGGAGAAAAAGAAGAACGGCUCUAAGCGGACAGAGAGCUCCAGGUCCAACUUUAACCCCGUCGACUCCAAGACCUCUGGUUCGACUGACCACCCAGAUUGGUACCCCGAGGUGGACUACUCCCAGGACCCGGAGUAUCUUCUUCACCGUGCAGACCUCGAGGAGGAGAUUGCCGACGCCCGUGACCGCCUUUUGGCAAACUUCUCCAGGUCGUGGACCACGAGCUUCAAAGCGACCAAGGGCCAUAGACUAAAGUUCAUGGACAACCUCAAAGAGCUUUACGGGGGGGCCGAGGCCUUCAGCGACGUGCUCCUCUCAAAGUACCGCGUGCUACGCGCUGCCCACCACAGCAGCUUGUUUGCGGCCUCGCUCCUCGACCUCGAGGUCAUUGUCGACCGCCCCAGCUUCGAUAACGUGUACGACUUUAUGUACAUGCAUGGUCAGCACCAGCCAAAGAUGGAUAUGUGCACGUUGAUCCCGAUGCACCUCGAGGUGAUAUCCUCGCACGUGCUCAUAGUGCUCCGCGACUAUCCGCUCCCGAUGCUCCACUUCCCGCAGAGCCACAGCUCGGCGCCAGCCUUCCACUUGCACGGGGACUUGGUGGUGGGCGAGACGGUGCCUCUCUACCAUUCAAUGCGCUAUAUCUGGGUGCCUUUCCUUUCGAUGUUUAAGGACUGCCAUACCAACACGUUCUUCUCGCUUCUCACGCCCAGAACACUCUCGCCGGUCAAGUUCUACCACAGCCUAGUGGUGGAUAUUGCGUCUGAGAAGUCAUCCAUCUUCAGCUGGAGCAGGGCGACCCACUCGGCGCUCCAGUUUAUGACGCAGCAGAUGGACAACUUCACGAAACCACCGGUGGAUCCGUCCGUAAAGAUAGGGUUCUGGGACAAGGUGCGGUUGUUGAUGCACGGGAGCUUUGUUAUGAACGUAAAGAACGACUUGAACUUGUACGUGAAGGGCUCGAUGAACCCGUACGACAUGAUCGGGAACGGUGCGGGCAUGGUGUUCACGUGGCGCGACAACGUGCGCUUGGCCAUCAACGAUGACCACAGCAAGGACUUUAUGGUGGUGAAGAGCGACUCGUUUGUGUUUGCGGUGCCGGACCUCUCGGCUGCGCAACAGAACUACUGGGGUCUGGGUCGCAAGAAACAGGUCAAACGUCUUGUAGACUACGAUUUUGUGAAGCACGACCAUCCGUACGCAAAGAUUAUCAUGAGGUUCACGUCGCAGCGCCAGGUUCGGUGGAAGCUCGGUUUCUUAUUCCAGCAGGACCAGCCGGGGAGUGGAACGGAAAGCGAAGAAAGGGCCGGGUACAGUCCCCGCACGACACAGCUCACGCCCCACUGGGACGUGAAUCUCUGGAACCCAAUCUAUCUCGAUGACCCUCAGUCUCACGACUCGUUCGCAGGCUUCCGAUCCAAGUACUUCCACAUGUACGUGUCCAUCAUCUCCGAGACAGAAUCCUCCACGUGUGGAUACACGAACAAUUUGUACCUCUCACCCAAUGUGGGUGAACUGUUCCGCGAGUGGUGGCGGACAUUGUUCCACGCGACAAAUCUUCCCGUGCGCAGCGGAAACUUGUACAACCGGCGGGAGUUGGACAACCGCCCGGGCGACAAGUUCGGGCAGCGGCUCUUCAGCAUUGAAUACCAGCUCCGUCUCCAGCCGUUGAUGAUCUCAAGCAUGAACCGCAACAAGAACUUCGAGACGCUCGCGAAGGACACGUUUGUGUCAAUCACGGGUUCGAAGGCAAAGUUGGACCGGUUUUCCCUCGAUCUCCAUCACGUCAAGGAGGUGUUGAAGCGCCUGGUGGACACGCCCGACUUUUGGAAGUUGAAGAUAUCCCAGGGCGAAUUGGACUGCGAGAACAUUGACAUCCGCCUUCUCAAUGCAGUUUUCAAUGAGCGGGCUGCCGCUGGCUAUCUCGCACUGAUGUUGAGUCUGACCGACUCUCAUUCCACCAGCGAGUCGUUUUCGAGUUCCGGCUCUGUAUGCGAGGCCACGUGGAUGGAUCCGCUCGAUUUCAUCGAGAUCGAUAUCCAGGAGUUGACCCACACCCCUAAGGUGACACUCGUACCACUUUUAUACUCACCGCGCCUCUCGUACAUGCGUAACUGCAAGCCGAAAUACGAGGUACCGUUCCCCUUCGGCCAAAAGCCCCUCCACGACUGUCUCUUUGAUCAAAGCCACCCCGAGGAUAUCCAGGAGGCAAUCGCGCACCGCCGCGCGAAGGUGCUCAGCGAACAGAUCCACAGCUUGGAGCGCGUGAUUCACGAGCUUGGGGCCGACCAGGUGAAACGUGAUCAGUUGAAGCAGUUGAAGCACAGCUUGCACUUGGUCCACUGUGUCAUCGAUGACUUGGUUGUUCUCAAGGAGGUUGACUUGGAGUCGCUCAGUGGUGACGACUUGUCCGACGCAGAGCCUCUCUCCCGCAACCUUUCCAGACGGUCCAGUGCACGCUCGCUCUCGAUUAUCCCCAGCCGCGAGCUCUACGACGAGAUCAAGGAGACCGGGCGAGUCACGUCAGAGAACGAGUUCCACAACCGUUUCAUCCUCCACGACCCGCAGUUGAAGUGGUCGAACAAGACAAGAGACAUUAUGGCGGACUACGGUCUGCGGAUCAGCGACCGCCGCGCACUCCAGUACUUCAUGAGUCGCAACGCUGUGAAAUACGUCGAAGACUUGAUUACCCUGCAGUUGAAGACCCCAGUGACAGACAAGCCCCCAAAAGAAAAUGACUUUGACUUUGCGCAGUUUAUAGACACAGACCUCGUGCAGGAGUAUGCACGGAACUUGACGGCUGUGGACUCGGAUGACCACGAAGUGGACAUGAAUUACUACGUGCAGUUGAUCAGUCCUCAGAUCCAGUUGGUGAGCGACAAAAGACCCAACUCGUGCAUGUUGAUCACGUCGCGUGACCUUGAGAUGAAGAUCGUUGCGGUGAAUGACAGCACCGUAGAGGGUCUCACUGACAUCGAUGAGUUAUCCAGAUUGUCUGAAACGCGGUACGGGGUGCUUCUCCGCGACGCCCACUUCUAUGUGAUCGAAGAGAUGGACGUUAUAGCCGAGCCAUACUUGUUCUACAACAACAAUUACGGAAACGAGGUAUGGUCGCCGUGGUUGCCGAUGGAGUUCUGUUAUGAUAGCUCGCCUCUUUCGCAUCGCAUGAUUGUGGAGAAAUCUUCGCUCGGGUUGUUGCUCCGCAAAUCGAACCCGCUCUACGUCAAUGCGAGCUCCCAGUGCAAGAUGUACAAGGUCCAUCUUCCGAAGCUCACGCUCACUUGCGACAACCACCAGUACAACAUCGUGUACGAUAUCGUGUUAGACUUGCUCAUGUUUUCGUCGCAUGACACCUCCAACAACCUCCAGAAGUUGGAAAAGUUCUUGGACCUCUCGGAGUACGAAUCCUUCGCAGGUAUGGACCGCAAGAUCCGGGAGUUGCAAUUCGGUAUCCGCACGUUGAACAAGUUGAAGCGCAACUUACGACUCCAACAGGACUCCGGGCUUGUGACGGCACAGGAUAUCACGGACUUUGACGUGGAGAUUUACAAGCUCGUGCUCGAGCUUCUCCUCCUCAUGCGCAUGGUGCAAAAGACGGCGCUUUUAGUGACUAAGGGCCAUCAGGAAACAACGCAGUUUGUGGUCAACGUGGACGAGUUUAUCUGGCAUAUGGUGGGCGAUGACAAGGUUCCGUUGGUGGACUUUGCCUUUGCCAAGGCACUUUUCCAGAGUACGCUCCAUCCUGGCGGCCUUGGCCAUAACAACUUUGUUGUGAAGGUGUUACAGGGGUUCAACUUAAAGAACGGCUCGCGUUUCCCCGAGUUGCUCUCCCCCUUGGUGACCGAUUCAGGGGCGAGCAAGGACCCGGCGCCGUUAAUUAAUGUCAAGUGGACGGAGUUCGCCUCGGUGGGUGGGAUCAAGACGCUCCACGACGCGGUAUUUGAUGUCCGGCCGUUAAAGAUUGAGGUGGACUAUAACGACAUCAAGCCUAUCAUGGCGUAUCUCUUCCACAGUCUGAGCGAUAAGAGCGCCAAGCCCGACGGUUCUACUAGUCCCCGUUCAUCCGCCUCCAGUUUCACAUUCUCCGAUGAUGAGUCAGAUCUGGACGUUAGUGCUCAGAAGAGCUCCGAUACGGGCCGUCUGGGACCGCUUCUGAACUUCAUGAAGAAGCACGGAAUCAAAGAAGCGCCGAAGAAGGAGGACCGUGACGAAGUUUCCGAGAUGCUCCUUCGCUCGUCGACCUACAAGCGCAUUGACCGGUUCAAGAUCCGCGGGUUCAUGUUGCUGAUCAGCUUCAAGGGUGAUAAGAAGCUCAAGAUUAUUGAUGUCCAGAACUUGGUUUUGCGCGUGCCGGAUAUGCAGUACGAGGCGAAGAUUUGGUCGUCUAAGGAACUUCUUAGUGCGUUGAAGAAAGAUGCGAUUAAGGUGGUGCUCAGCCACACGGGAACGAUCCUUGGAAACAAGUUGACCCACCACAAGAAGAAGCACGCAACAUCCCGGCCGUUGCCACAGCUCACAUCCUACGCUGCUUUCACCUCCGCCCACGAUCUUGCUAACGAGCAACCGCAUGCAGAGCCUAAGAAUGUACUGCAUGAGCAUCUCCAUGGGCACAAACACCUCCACAAACACCAAGAGAAGUCCAGCUUGGAGAAUAUCGCCUAUUCGAGCACGCCGUUUGAAAAUCCUGUCGAUAGCUACGGGUUGGCCGUGAUUGAUGAGACGGAUCUGGAUGUGGCGGAGUUCAAGGCUCAGAAGGUGUAGGUUGAGUGUAUUUUAGAUUUUGUUAUGAGAUUUUUGUAUUUUAUUUUUGUAUUUUAUUUUUUUUCGGUGAAUUUGUAUUUUACGUUUUAAUCUCCGUAUGGUUAGAUUACAUGUAUUUAUG